CCCACCUGUAACCCUUUGUUCACAAACCCAUCUACCAAACUGGCGACUCCACUCGUAGUCAACGUUAUCUCCUAUAUCAUCCAAACCUUCCUCUCAAUCAUGGCGAGCUAUUUCCCCAGACGCCGCCUCUCAUCCACGACGUCCAACACCUCUUCCUCGUCGUGUGACUCGACCUCAUCACCGCCCACAGCGCCACUCGCCCGCGACAUCCAGCGCAUCCAGCAGAAAUUCAAAUCGCUGUCGCCCUCCGCAGCACCCCACCCGUGGCGCGUCGUUUCUCCACGGCCUCUCCCCAAUUCAUGGUGGGUGACACCACUCCUCGUCGCCUGCGAAUACCCCUGGUCCCCCAAAAGCGCGAACAAGCCCAAACUAGACGAGCUCCUCCGCGUCGGCGUGCGGACAUUCAUCGACCUCACAGAGGACGGUGAACUACUACCCUACGAAGACAUCCUAUGUAAACGUGCCGUUUUGCUUGGGAUAGAUCCUUCGACAAUUGAAUACCACCGUUUCCCCAUUCGCGACCGUUCUCUGCCCAAGUCGUUAGACUUUAUGGAUCGGGUGUUUUUGACAUUGCGCCAGAAUGAGCAGAGAGGGAGGGUGAGCGCUAUUCAUUGUCGCGGUGGGAUUGGGAGGACUGGGUUGGUCGUCGGAUGCUGGCUCGUCGAGCGUGGGAUUGCAAAGUCUGGAGAAGAGGCACUGGGCAUCAUCGCUUCUGAAUGGAAGAGCGUCGAGAAGUGCAAACGAUACCCACACAGCCCAGAAACAGGCCCCCAAUUCGACUUUGUCUACAACUUCAAGCCUAUCGCGACCUCCCACAAGCUGCAGACCGUUACCUGCGUAGCCUAGGGUGCACUAUACCCACCCCACCCUUUGUGCGAGAGGGCUGGUCCCUCUCC